AUGGAGAGCCCCAAGAAGAAGAACCAGCAGCUGAAAGUCAGGAUCCUGCACCUGUUCAGGAGACAGAAGAAGAUCAGGAUACAGCUGAGAUCCCAGGUGCUGGGAAGGGAAAUGCGUGACAUGGAAGGUGAUCUCCAAGAGGUGCGUCAGUCAAAGACCGGGGAUAAAUCUGGAUUUGGGUUCUGGCAUCAAGAUGAAGAUUAUACCUAA